CAGGCUGAGAGCUCCUUCAGAGAGAUGUGGUAACAUCUUUACUGGGAAUCAACUUUAGAAGGACACCGGUCCCCUCUGUGCAAAGAUUAAAGUUUGAGCGGUGUAUGACCUUUCUCAUGUGCAGAAAAAAUCAAUAGGACGUUAAAACAAAAAAAAACUGUCAAAAGAUGGCAAGUGGUGGCUUUAGGUCCCACGCUCCAUCUACCUCGAACACCACUGACUUUUUGGAGGAAUGGAAAGCAAAGAGGGAGAAGAUGAGGGCCAAGAUGUAUGCAGCAGAAGUAGCUGCUGCAGCAGCAGCAGCAGGAGGUGGUGAGGUUGUUAAUAAGCCUAGCCUUGAGCUCAACAACAACAACACCAGCACUACAACAGCUAGCAGCAUUCAAGCAUCCAAUUCCACGUCUGUGUUUAAAGCCCCACCAAACAGGAGAGCGGAGGAAGAACCAGCCACUGCUACUUUGGUGGUACAGCAAAGGAAAGCACCUGUUCCAGAUGGUAUAACAGCAAGUGCCCCACAAGAUGAACCCCCACCACCGUCUUCUCAGGAGACUCCAGCAAAGGUUAAAGACAAGGCAAAAACAAAUGGUCCAAGUGCCAGGAAGGGUAAAGGGCAGAUUGAGAAAAGAAAGCUACGGGAAAAAAGAAGAUCCACAGGAGUGGUCAAUAUCCCUUCUCAAGAAAGUCAUGAUGAAGAUGAUGAAGAUGAGGCAGGCCAGAAAGAACGGAAGCGGGAGGAUACAGUUACCCAGGAAAACACAGUACAGAACGAGUCAUUCAACAUAGAACAAAGUGAUGCUUAUUUACAGCAGGAAACCGCAAGGACAGUGCCAAACAGAUAUCGAAGCACCACCAACAACAACACUGAAGAGGACAUUACAAAUCGUUAUCCUCGACCGGACCGCACGUCGUAUAAUCGAUAUAAUAAAGAAAUCAAUUCAUCUGUAAACCCUGGACAAGACAGCAACUUGGAAAAAAAGAUUGAGGAACUGGAAAGGGAGCUAGCAAAAGAGCGACAAGAAAAUAUGAAAUUAGUGAAAAUCAUGCAAGAGAAAGAAGAUAUAAUUAUGAAAAUGAAAGAUGAAAUAGACUUAUUAAACAGAGAUUUGGAUGACAUAGAAGAUGAAAACAAACAGUUAAAGCAGGAAAAUAAGACCCUUCUGAAAGUGGUUGGUCAGCUAACAAGAUAGAUCGUUGGCUGAAGCAUCAAAGGCAGAAAAACACUACUGAUUUUUUAUUUUAAAAGUUUUUUGGGGGUAUAACAAGAUAUGGGGAAAAAAAAAAUCGGUUCCGAUUUUGGGGAGAACCUAUUUAGCCUCUUCGAUGAAGGGGCACACACAAGCUUUUCAGUGGUUUGAAAGAAUUCCUUUUUGGAAGUUUGUGUAUUUAUUACUGUGGACUAAGUCUUUAGAGGUUUAGACAACGCACCAGCUUUUGCAGUUCUAUACUUUUUUUUUAUAUAACAAAUACAUAUUUCUUUUAUUGAAUACGACCACUGGACAGUUUGGGGUCAAAAAAUGUAAACCCCCCAAAAAUCAUCUGCAGAUAUGUGAUAUAUUUGUAUCAUGCUAUUGUCACCAACAAUCUAUACUCUUAUUUUAUUGAUAUGAUAGAUAUAAUUUUAAGUCACUCCAUUCACUUUUUAACCAUAUUUGGGUGCUGAUAUCUCUUAAAAUCCAAGUAGGAAGACCACUAGCCUAAGGUAUUUACAUAUUGAAUACAAAUAAUAAAAAAUAAAAAAUAACAAAAAAAAAAGUCAACAAAACAUAAGUACAAUUGUUAAAAUUGUCACUGUGUGUGUUUAAUCUAUGUCUGGGAAGAUUGCAGAAGACAGUGGAGGAAGAGUAGUGGAAACUGAGUCACUAGAACGGAAUGUUUCAUGUCUGGAGUGCGGGAUUUUUGCAUAUACAUGGAGGACUUUAGGAUGUUUUGACAUGCCUUCGAAAUCCAUCCAGCUGGCACUAAAAUGCGUUCCUGUUUAACACACUUUAUGUAUAUCUUUGCAUACAUAUUUUCACAAAAAAGUCCCACCACACUCCAGCAGUUAGAAUAUCUAUCUUGUUUAUAAUUCAUAGCAAGCUUAUUUUGCACUCUUUAUUCCCUGAAUUAUAGACUUUGUUUACAUGAUUCAUUAUUGGUCUUAAAAAAUAUUCACUUUUAUCGGACCAAAAAAAAAUUGUUAAAUAUGUACUUUUUAGAAAACAAUGCUGUUUUGUUCUAAUAAAUGUUUGUGAGCUGUU